GCUGCCAAAGGGGGCGCCAAAGUUCUCCGCAAAGCUCUUCUUUCCUGCCUCACACAGUGGAUCUCUCAUGAGAAAACAUCCAUGAAGACAUCAUUAAAUCCCCCUCUGACUGAAACACGGACUCCUCAAAGAUAAAGUGUCUUUUUCUUCUGCUGCCCGUCGCGCCUCAUGACGCAGCCGCAGAGCGGAGCAGCAUCACAUGAGUCUGAUUAUCCAUCCCAGCCUCCAAACAACUCCUUCCCUAAUGACCCAGGCGUGAUCACACAGCCGGACCGACCGGGUUCUAGCAGGACGUCAGCGGGUUACAGUGAAAAUAACUGAACAUGUCAGCAGCUGAAGAUGUAGACAAAAUAGGACUGAAGAGAGGCAUUGUGAUUAAAGAUGAUUGGCCGGGAUACAGUCUGGAUCUGUUCACCUACCCAGAACAUUACCACGAGGACAUCGAGAACGUCUACAUCCCACACGGGAUCAUCAAGAACAGGAUCGAGCGUCUGGCCCACUACGUCAUGGAGGACUUCGACGAGGACAAGAUGGUGGUGCUCUGCGUCCUGAAGGGAGGCUACAAGUUCUGCGUGGACCUGGUGGAGUUCAUAAAGACGCUGGGCCGCAACUCCAACCGCUACCUGGAGACGCGGGUGGAGUUCAUCCGCCUGAAGAGCUACCUGAACGACCAAUCCACGGAGGACCUGCACAUCGUAGGAAGCAGCGAUUUGUCUUUUCUGCGGGGAAAGAGCGUGCUGAUCGUUGAGGCCAUCGUCGACACAGGAAAGACCAUGAAGGCUCUUCUCAAGCAUGUGGAGACCUUUCAGCCCAAGAUGGUCAAGGUCGCAGGGCUGCUGGUGAAGAGAGUCCAGAACAUGACGGACAGCCUGACGGACUACAUCGGGUUUGAAAUCCCCAACCGAUUCGUCGUCGGCUAUGCCCUGGACUACAAUGAAUACUUCCGUGACCUGAAUCACAUCUGCGUCAUCAGUAAAACUGGAAAGCUGAAGUACAAGAUUUGAGAUGUUCAGUUUGUUGCAUCACUCCUCCUUUGAUGAGACACUCCGGGAACAAAGAGGUGUGAGGAGAACCAGACGGAGGACGCUGUGACAGAUGGAGAAAGCUUCUGGACCUGGCAACCUCACAACCAGAUGAUGCUGCUCGGACUCACUGAGGCAGGAAGACCAACCGUCAGAACCCACAACGUGACCUACUGAAAAUGAGGAGCAAACACUGAAGAUCCAACUUUAAUAAAUGUAAAAAACACUGAAGAUCAGACCUGUGGACUGAAAUGUUCACCAACAAACAAUUUAUUUUAUUUGGAUUAAAUUCUUGAAAAGAAAAA